CAAGACGGUGUUUGACGAGGCCAUCCGAGCAGUCCUCUGUCCACAGCCCACCCGGACAAAGAAACGUGUAUGCAGCCUCCUCUAAACCAAUUGAUAACUGAUCCUGCAGGGACACUUUCCACCACCUUCUCCUCUGCCUCUGCUAUGGACACACCUGCUUUCAGCCUCCCCACGCCAGCAGCAGUGUCGGAGGAGGGGAAUGCCUCUGGCAGCUGGGCAGACUUCACCACUCCCAACAGCUCCACCACCGCCAGCCCCGGUGUGGUUGUCAGCGGUGUCCUCAUCCCCUUGGUCUACCUCAUCGUCUGCGUGGUGGGGCUGGUUGGGAAUUCUCUGGUCAUUUACGUGGUCCUGCGUCACUCGGUGAGCGAGUCAGUGACCAACGUCUAUAUCUUCAACCUGGCCCUCGCUGAUGAGCUCUUCAUGCUGGGCCUGCCCUUCUUGGCUGCACAAAAUGCCCUGUCUUACUGGCCGUUUGGGUCCUUCAUGUGUCGCCUAGUGAUGGCUGUGGAUGCCAUCAACCAGUUCACCAGCAUCUUCUGCCUGACAGUGAUGAGCGUUGACCGCUACCUGGCCGUGGUCCACCCGGGGAAGUCCUCCAAAUGGCGGACAGCACGGGUGGCCAAGGUGGUGAGUGCAACUGUGUGGGUGCUGUCUUCCAUCGUGGUGCUGCCCGUGGUCAUCUUCUCAGACGUCCCUUUAGGGAUGAGCACGUGCCACAUCCAGUGGCCAGAGCCGGCCUCGGUGUGGAGAGCUGGCUUCAUCGUCUACACUGCCACCCUGGGCUUCUUUGGGCCGCUCCUGGUCAUUUGUCUCUGCUACCUGCUUAUCGUUGUGAAGGUUCGUUCUUCUGGCAGGCGGGUGAGGGCUCUGUCCUCCAAGCACAAGCUUUCAGAGCGCAGAGUGACCCGCAUGGUGGUGGCUGUUGUGGCUGUCUUCGUCCUUUGCUGGCUCCCCUUCUACGUCCUCAACAUCAUCAAUGUCGUCUGCCCGCUGCCAGAGGAGCCGUCCCUCUUUGGUGUCUACUUCCUCGUGGUGGUGCUGCCGUAUGCCAACAGCUGUGCCAACCCCAUCAUCUAUGGCUUCCUCUCCUACCGCUUCAAGCAGGGCUUCCGGAGGGCCAUCCUCAGGCCGUCCCGCCGAGUUCAGAGCCAGGACGUGCCAGCAUGCCCCCCAGACAAGACUGAUGAUGAAGGGGAAGAAGGCGAGAUCAGCAAGAUCACCCAGAAUGGUAAUGACAGGCAGGAGCACCCUCUAAGCAGUGGGGAAAGAGAAAGCAAUGAGCAAAACCCACUCCCUGAGGCACCUGCGGGAUGUGAAAAGAGCAACAAGUUGCAUGUCAGUUAUUUAUGAUGAAAGGGAUGGUGCAGGGGAAAGAGAUGUUGGGACACGGGAUCCCCUUCACCCUCUGUGCUCUUCAAGACAUCAAUACAAGGGAAUAUUAAAGUCCAAAACUCUGCUUAAAGAUGAAGAGGGCUCCAUGAACUUGUGGAUAAAGCAAGGCAUUUUUCUCAGCUUCAGAAAAGACACCUGAGGCUUGUGUGGUACCAACUGAAGGAAGGACUGCAACCAAGGAGGGCACUGACAGUGUGGAGAGAGCAGAGUCUGCCCUAGAUUGCAUGAUCCAUCCUUAGAUCACCCAACUGUCAAGGGCAUCAGUCUCCAUCUGACUGUGGCACCUCAAAGAAGUUCUCAACUAGCAUAUACACAAAAAGCAGGCAUCCCAGUGCCUUGAUUAUCUUCCUUAUAAACAUGAGAAGCAGUUUACCCUAAGAGAAAAACAGGACAGAAAAAUGUCUGCAGUGAAGAAAUACCAGCCAGUUGCAUGAAUGGCUGACCCUUCUCUAGCUCUCUAGUAAGUCUUGGGGACAAUUUUCCUACCCAUGCUCGUUGUGGCUGGAGACCAUUCUGACUGCUCAAAGCCUCCUCUUUCUUUCGUGGGCUAUCGUGGACUCUGGGCAGGCUGAUGAGUCUUGCUUGGAAGAGCAAAUGAGACAUCCCUUUCUUGCACCUUGCAGUCUUCAGAGUUUUCCACAGAGAAGGAGACAACAAGGCAUGGGUUGAAGGCAGGGUUUCUUACAAGCUGAAAUGCCCGUUCCCUUUUCCUCUUCCUAAGCCUUACUGUAAAUAAACAAAAAGCUUUUGGACUUUAAA